AUGUACGUGGGCUAUGUGCUGGACAAGGACUCCCCGGUCUACCCCGGGCCCGCCAGGCCCGCGGGCCUCGACCUGGGCCCGCAGGCCUACGGCCCCCCGCCCGCGCCCCCGGGACCCCCGCAGUACCCCGACUUCGCCGGCUACUCCCACGCGGAGCCGGCCCCCGCACCCUCCGCGGCCUGGAGCGCGCCCUUCUCCGCGCCCAAGGACGACUGGGCCGCCGCCUACGGCCCAGGCCCCGCGGCCCCCGCCGCCAGCCCGGCCCCGCUGGCAUUCGGGCCCCCUCCGGACUUCAGCCCGGUGCCCGCGCCCCCUGGGCCCGGCCCCAGCCUCCUGGCGCAGCCCCUCGGCGGCCCGGGCGCCCCGUCCUCGCCCGGAGCGCAAAGGCGGACGCCCUACGAGUGGAUGCGGCGCAGCGUGGCGGCCGGAGGCGGCGGCGGCAGCGGUAAGACCCGGACCAAGGACAAGUACCGCGUGGUCUACACUGACCACCAGCGCCUGGAGCUGGAAAAGGAAUUCCACUAUAGCCGUUAUAUCACCAUCCGGCGGAAGUCAGAGCUUGCUGCCAAUCUGGGGCUCACUGAACGGCAGGUGAAGAUCUGGUUCCAAAAUCGGCGGGCAAAGGAGCGCAAAGUGAACAAGAAGAAGCAGCAGCAGCAGCACCCGCCGCCCCCCCUUCCAGCCCAUGAAGUCACUGCCGCCGCAGCUGGGCCGCUCCUGGGGGGCCUGUGCCCCAGCUCUGCUAGCCUCCUGGGGGCCUCCUCCCCAAUGCCGGUCAAGGAGGAGUAUCUGCCGUAGCCUCCUGCCCAGCCUCAUGGGCUGGGAGGCCUGGGGACUCAGAUGCUGGCCAUGUGGCUCCUGUUAAGGCCUAGGAGGCCUGGUCUGAGUCCCAGCCCUGCCAUUGAC